AAAGUGCUUGCAUCAAAAUUAGUGCUGUGCAUUAUACUUAAGCUUAAUUAGAAGUUAAUUAAUAUAUAGGAGAUGGAGAGGAGAAAAGCUUUUGUGUUUGCUUUAUUGCUUCUUCAAUUGUUCUCGUUGGUUGUGGGGUUACAAAGGAGCAACUUCCCCAUGCAUUUCCUCUUCGGCGCGUCCACCUCUUCAUACCAGAUUGAGGGUGCCUACAUUGAAGGGAACAAAAGCUUAAGCAAUUGGGAUGUGUUCACUCACACACCAGGGAAUAUCCAGGACGGUAGCACCGGAGACGUCGCCGACGACCAUUAUCAUCGCUACAUGGAAGAUAUUGAGUUGAUGCAAUCCCUUGGAAUUAAUUCGUAUAGAUUCUCCAUUGCGUGGUCUAGAGUUCUUCCAAGAGGGAGAUUUGGGGAGGUGAAUCAACUAGGAAUUGAAUUUUACGACAAACUUAUCAACUCGUUAUUGCUCAAAGGAAUACAACCAUUUGUCACAUUAAGUCACUACGACAUUCCGCAAGAACUCGAAGAUCGAUACGGCGCCUGGCUCAACGCGGAGAUUCGGGAGGAUUUUGGAUAUUUCGCCGAAGUAUGUUUCGAGGCAUUCGGCGACAGAGUGAAGUAUUGGAGCACAUUUAACGAGCCGAAUGUUAUGGUCAAAAAAGGAUAUAUGAAUGGAAAAUACCCUCCGAACCGAUGUUCCGAGCCGUUCGGCAAUUGCCUCAGUGGUGAUUCAACUACAGAGCCAUACAUUGCUGCACAUAAUGUGAUACUGUCACAUGCCACUGCUGCAGAAAUUUAUAAAACAAAGUACCAGAAAAAACAGGGAGGUUUUAUUGGCAUUGUAAUGUCCACAACCUGGUAUGAGCCACUGAGAGAAAUCCCCGAGGAUCGGUUGGCGGUUCAACGAGCUUUAUCAUUCGAUGCUCCAUGGUUUCUUGAUCCGAUAGUUUACGGCGAUUAUCCUCCGGAAAUGCGACAGGUGUUAGGCUCGAAGUUACCGGAAUUCACUUUCGAGGAUCAGAAGAAGUUGCAGUACAAGUUGGACUUCAUCGGCGUAAACCACUACACCACUCUUUAUGCAAAAGAUUGCUUGUUUUCUCCGUGCAAAGUCGCAGGUUCCGAAGGGCAUGCUUUUACCUUCACCACUGGAGAAAGAAACAGGCUCCCAAUUGGAACUCCUACUGCGAUGCCGACCUUCUAUGUUGUUCCUAAGGGCAUUGAAAACAUGAUCAUGUACAUAAUGAAGAGAUAUAACAACAUGACCAUGUUCAUCACUGAGAAUGGUUAUGCGCAAGGCGGCGCGAGCUACACUUCAUUGAAUGAUUGGCUUAGUGACAAGGAUAGAGUACACUACCUUCAAAGCUACCUCAAUUCCGUGGCGAUCGCGAUGAGGCGCGGCGCGGAUGUAAGGGGCUACUUCAUAUGGUCUCUCAUCGACAAUUUCGAGUGGCUUUACGGUUAUACUCUGAGAUUUGGAAUUUAUCAUGUGGACUACAAGACUCAAGAGAGGACUCCAAAGCUGUCUGCAAAAUGGUACAAAGAAUUUCUGGCAGGUUCUGACAUGCAGCUACAGAAGACAGAUAAUUUUGCGAAAGCGCGGCGAUUUGUGCAGUAGCUAUGAUGGCUCAGAUGGAUUAUAGGGAGCAAGGAUAAUGUAUUUCUUAAGUUGGCUUUGUUUGUUGAUUAUGGAAUCAUAUGUAAAUACUAGUUGUGGAACUUAUAAGUAAGUUUAGUAAUGCUUCUAUAUUGAGUAAAAAACACAGAGUAGUAUUUGAGCUCUUCAAAAA